AAAAAAGAGAACCGAUUCACCAGUUAUAAUGGUCAAUCAAAUCUCUCCCUCAUCUCUCGCUAACCUCUCUGCUAAAAAUUUCUGGUGGUUUUCGAUCUCCCAUCCAUGGAAGGAGCUGGAGUUGCAGCAGAAGAAAAUGAUUAUUCGGUUUUUGCAUUACCGCCUGAAGAUGUGAACCAGAGGUUGAAGGCGCUGAUGAAAGGUCUGAGAUCGGAUUUCGGAGGUCCCGAGAUCGAACCACACAUCACCGUCGUCGGAAUGAUUCGCCUCACCAAGGCCGACGCCCUUCAAAAGUUCAAAUCCGCCUGCGAAGGUCUGAAAUCGUAUACAGCACAAGUAGAUUCGGUGGCUACGGGUACUUUCUUCUAUCAGUGCGUCUUCCUUCUCUUCAACACUACUCCUGAGGUGAUGUCAACUACCGAGCAUUGCACUGCCUGCUUCGGAUACAUGAGUUCAACCCCUUAUAUGCCACACUUGAGCCUCCUCUAUGGGGAUUUAACAGAUGAGGAGAAGAAGAAAGCCCAAGAGAAAGCUAAACUCCUUGAUGAGAAAAUAAGCAGCCUGAGCUUCCAGAUCUCCCGUCUUGCCUUGUACAAAAUCGACCCCGAAUCCUGGGAGAAGGUGGCUGAGUGCAGUCUUGAUUAGCCACAUCUUCUGUUUACUCUAUAUGUGAAAAACAGGGUUCUAA